AUGGCCGAUAAAUCUUCCACCACUUUUCAAAGCUCGGAUUUCUCCGCCGCUUUAUUUAGGAAAUUAUUCGAACAGAAAGAAGCCAGCAAAUUUUGCGAUAUAACUCUCCUAGUCAAUAAUAAAACGAUUAAGGCGCAUCGUAACGUUUUGGCGUGUAAUUCGCCUUAUUUCGACGCGAUACUAAAAAACCACAAAAUCAUAAGGGAACAAAUUGCCGUCUCUUGCAUGGAUAGCAGCUCGUUUAAUGCCAUACUAAAUUUCAUGUAUACUGGUGAAAUAACAGUAACGCACAGCAUCGUCGAGGAGCUUCUGAAAUUAGCAAAUCAAUUUCUGUUGAACAAAGUUGUAGAUUACUGCGUGGAAUUUUUGGGAACAAAGCUUAGCGUCUCUAACUGCUUGUUUACUUAUUUCUUAACGAAAGAAUUCAAAUUGAAGUCACUUUGCGAUAUCGUGGAAAAUUGGGUGGCAAGCCACAUGGAAGAAGUUUGUAAGGAAGAUGAGAUUUUAGAGCUCAGUCCACAUCAGCUCGUUGAGUUUUUCAAAAAUAAGACUUUCAUUUUGAGCACAAACCAAGCUUUGAAUGUACUUUCGAUGUGGGUGCUGAGGGAUACGGAGAAACGAGAGAAACACUUUGGUCAAUUAAUUAAGUGUUUUCCAACCAACGAUCUAGAACCUGUGGAAGUUUUCCAUCAUUUGGAUACGAAUAACUUGUACAAUAAAAGCGAAUUGUGCUUGUAUAGAAUCUUGGAUUAUCUUAUAAAGAAUAAUUGGAUGCUUUCUAAUUUUAAGACUAGAUAUGAUGUGUUACAAGUUAAAUAUGGACAGAUUUUGAACGAAAACUGUAUGGUUGACUCCAAACAAAGUAAAAGUGUGAAUGUAGAGCCAGCAGAAUUGAAGUCUUUCGAGAAAAAGGAACCCUUGAUGAUAAAAGCAAAAGUUAAAAGGAAACAACAGAUUCUUUUUAAGAAACUGCUACUGUUGGGUCUUAAACCAGAUAUUCGAAUGUCAGCUCUGAAAAUGUUGAAUUUAAAGAAAAAGUCUUUGUCAUUUAUCGACGAUAAAGAAGAUAAUGAAGCAAAUCAAGAAUCCGAUGAAAAAAUGGGCAUAAAAUGCCCCAUUUGUUUAACAACAAUAAACGACAGCCUGUUACUGGAACAACAUCUUGCACUAAGUCAUGCUAAGAACGUAACUUACAAAUGCGGAUUGUGUUCAUUCGUUUGCCAAUACCAUGGGGAUUAUUUAAAUCACAUGAAGACUCAUUUCUCGGGCCCGCCCUUCAAAUGCGAUUUUUGUGACUUUAACGUGGAACAAAUCACGAAACUGAUAUCGCACCGAGCCCAACAUUUCGACGAAAACAUCUACCAAUGCACGUUCUGUUCGUUCAAAUGCCGCUUGAAGCAGAAUUUCAUUUGA